AUGCUUUGGGGUGGCAGAUACAUGUUACAUGUUACAUGUGUCCAUCUUGCAUGGACCAACUACAGGACCAACACUCCCCUCUCUUGCACCUCACUGGGUGUUGUGUGCUUGGCAGGACAAGGACGAGUUAGUAGACCCUUCAGAGUAUGUUAUCAGCUCGUCUGCGGAUCAUCUUCGGCCAUCUUCCUCGUCUUUGGAGACAGCAUAACCCAGGACAGCUUCAACCAGGACCGAGGAUUUGGCUUCUCUGCAGCGCUACAGGCAGCCUACAUACGGCGACUCGACGUAGUCAAUCGUGGUUUCAGCGGUUACAAUUCUCGCCAGGCUCUCCAGAUCCUACCUGCUAUCAUUCCUUCCCCGGACGAGGCCAAGCUCCGAUUUCUGAUCAUCUUCUUUGGGGCAAACGACUCGUCGCUGCCUGAUGCCCCAAACAAGCAACAUGUUCCCCUCGAUGAGUAUAAAGAGAAUCUCGAAAACAUCAUCCAUCACCCAAAAAUCGUGGCUCACAGUCCUCGAAUCAUCUUGGUUGCACCUCCGCCAAUCAACGAGCAUCUUUUGUGGCCUAGAGACCGGUUGAAUGGGUGUACCAGUGUAUCACGUCUGGCAGGUACAACCAAGGUGUACGCUGAAGCCGUGUGCGAUGUCGGCGACAAGUUCAAUGUGCCUGUCGUGAAUUUGUGGAAGGCCUUUAUGGCCAAGACAGACUUCAACAUGGACACAUGGAAGCUCGGCGACCUGGUACCUGGGUCUUUGGAAGUUCCACAGAACGAUGCCUUGGUGGAGCUCAUGUAUGAUGGUCUUCAUUUCAACCCGGCCGGUUACGAAAUCUUCUUUCAAGAGGUCAUGAGGUUGGUAGAAGCACAGUGGCCGGACCAAAUGCCUGAGAAGCUGCCCAUGGUGUUCCCUCCUUGGAAUGACCAAGAAGCGUGGCAGAGGUGGGAGAGCGCUCAAGCGUCAGGUCAGUAA